CAGUGUGAAGGGAGGCGCGGCGCCAGGUGCAGGGGACGCUGGAAGGUGUGCGCUAGGAUGUGCUUCAUGACACUACGCAGACCGCGCAAGGGAGGGAUGUGGAUGCUGGGUCUCGUCCUCCUGCUCAUCAUUACACUACAUGACUCCUGGCAGCGGAAACUCCUUAACUCAGGCACCCCACGAUCGCCAAGCGGAACACCAAGCGAAGCACCAAGAGAAACACCAAGAGAGACACCAACACCAAGCGAAACACAAACACCAAGAGAGGAAAAACCAAGAGAAAACCAAAGAAAAACACAAACACUAAGAGAAACACCAAGAGAGACCAAGGAUGAGCCAGCGCCAGUCUGCAAGUGCUCUGUGUCUUCCUGGCCGGGCAACAAGAUCACACCGUAUCUCAGCCUCGCGGUGCCCUGGGACAACAGCACCAUCUACCGGGAGCUGCAGGAACGUCACCCAAACUUGCCCCUCGAGCUUCUCACUGGCGAGGAGGACAAGAGGUGCUCGCUUUUGCCGACUGUCUUAAGCAUCGAAUGGAGGAACAGGUACUGGCAGCGAGUGAACCUUGACUCCGGCAGCUUGUUCCUCUACUCAGCCUUUUAUGACCCAGAGCAAGCAGACGGCAGGGCGUCCAUCAGGCUCCUGGGUGUGUCGAGAAGCAAAGCCCCAACCCUCACCUGGUGCCACAUUUGGUUUAGCCCAGACGCGCCGCCGCUACCUGUCAAAGCAACCAGCGUGGACUACCUGGACUAUCAGAGCAGAAACAGCGACCGCCAGAUGCCGUACCUGCUGAGGUGUCCCCUGCCCCCAGACACCACCCAUGCCAUGCCCCUCGCUGUCUCCCUUGUGUCUGAGCCCUGUGCGCCAGCUGCCAACCUGCUCAAGGUGUUGGGAGGGCGUGAACGUGGUGUGUCGGCGUACAGGAGCGGGAAUGUGCCUGCCAGUCCCUCCACGCUGGUGCGGGGAUGGGCGGCGGCGGUGUGCGGGCCGGCGUUGUUUUACUACCACGAGGACUUCUCGCCGCGCCUGGUGGAGUGGCUGGAGCUGCUGAGGGCGCAGGGCUUCAGCCAGGUGUUCCUCUACACUACUGAUGUGCACCCAAACAUCACCAAAGUGUUGCGUCACUACACUCAAGAAGGCUUCGUGCAGGUCACUGACUACACCUACCCGCCGCCCUACGUCAACGAGCCCAACCUCAGGAGGUUAUGGGUUCUAGUGGAGCGACAGAAGAUGUUUGCCCAGGAGAAUGUGUACUUCACUGACUGUGUUCUGCGCCACAUGCAUCAGUACCGGUUCCUUGCCCAUUUUGACCCGGACGAGGUGCCCAUCUUACCACUCCACGACAACUUCACCCACUUUCUGGAUGAUCUCAUUGCAAGCACAAGACACAGUCCUCCAGUUGGCUUCAAACUGCGGAGAUAUUACUUCUACGACAAUCUACAACCAAGCGAGGAGGCUUCCCGUUUGCCUUCCUACCUGUGGAUCCUGCGUCAUACUAAACGUCUCGCUCGCCACUUGACUCGUCUCCAUACAGGCGAGGUGAAGCCCAUACAUGACACGGAUGUCAUAAGGGGCGUCUUCUCUCAUGCCUCCAUCUUGUGCGUAUCAGGCAGAUGUCACACCUCCAGCAUGCAUCAAGUUCCCACCGAGACGGCUUUCUACGGCCACUUCAGACUGACCUGUGACGAGGAGUGCCUGCAAAACACUCAACACGACCUAACGCUGCAAAGACACAGGGAGCAAGUAAGCGCCAGGGUAGCCAGGGUACUCAAGACUCUCCAGCUGUUGUAGUGAACGUGUAGUGCAGUGAAUUGAAUUCAUCUAGUCAACAUCACAGUAUGCCUCUCCAAGUGUAUGCCAUUGAGGUUGACAUCAGAGAAACAAUGAGUGACCUCUUGGCUCAUGCUGGAGAAGCUUUAACUCUUGACUUGACCAACCACAGAGUGACUGUCCUUGGAGAUAGGCAG